CCCACUUCUGCGCGAGACGCGGCGAGUGCAGACACCGAGAGGAGGAGCAGGUGGAGCGCGAGCGGACGGAGUUGAAGUGAAGCAACAGACUGAGCGGAGGAGUUUAAUAUCGGCCCGAGUUGGUGCCUCAGUGUCGGACAAAAGGACGAAGAAGAGUGGGUGUUAAAAAACUACACACAGCAACCGGAAAGGAAGAAGAAGAAGAAGAAGCUCGGAUACUCGGUGCUGACGGAAAACAACUGUCUACACAAGAGGUAGCGACCUCUCACCAUGCAGCACUACGGGGUGAACGGCUACUCUCUGCACGCCAUGAACUCCCUCAGCGCCAUGUACAACCUGCACCAGCAGGCCGCGCAACAGGCGCAGCACGCGCCCGACUACCGGCCGUCCGUGCACGCGCUCACACUGGCAGAGAGACUGGCUGACAUCAUCCUGGAGGCUCGCUACGGCUCUCAGCACCGCAAACAGCGCCGCAGCCGCACGGCCUUCACGGCGCAGCAGCUGGAGGCGCUGGAGAAGACUUUCCAGAAGACGCACUACCCGGAUGUGGUGAUGAGGGAGCGGCUGGCCAUGUGCACCAACCUGCCCGAGGCCCGUGUGCAGGUUUGGUUCAAGAACCGCAGAGCCAAGUUCCGCAAGAAGCAGCGCAGCCUCCAGAAGGAGCAGCUUCAGAAGCAGAAGGAGGCGUCAGGGGAAGGAGGGAGCGAGAAAGAGGACGCACCUCCCUCCACAACUAUCCUCCCCGACACCCAGCUCCCUCCUUCAUCCUCUUCUUCCUCCUCCUCUUCUCUGGAGACGGAGGGUCCUGUAGUCCGUCCCAUACCGCUGGACAUGGAGCUGAACGUCACGUCAGCGGAACACUCUGGCAGCGAGUCGGCGACAGAGGACAACGCCACAGAUAAGGAGGACGAGAGUAAAUCUCAGAGGGAGGAGAUGAAGUGUGAGAGAGCGGUGACUCCUGAGGACGUCUCGCCAGUGUGCAAAAGACUCAGCCCCAAACCAGACUCUCCCCUGGUCUCUCCAUCCGUGACCCCUUCCUCCUCCAGCAGCGGCCUGGCCAGCAGUGCUCCUCUCUCUCAGAGCCACUCCUACUCUUCCUCCCCUCUCAGCCUGUUCCGUCUGCAGGAGCAGUUCCGCCAGCACAUGGCCGCCACCAACAACCUGGUGCACUACCCUGCCUUUGACCUCACCACCCCAUCUUCACUCCCCUACCUGGGGAUGAAUGUUAACAUGCCACCCGCGCCGCUGGGCUCUCUGCCCUGCCAGUCUUACUACCAGUCCCUGUCCCAUCACGCCCAGCAGGUGUGGAACAGCCCGCUGUUGCAGGCGUCCGCUGCGGGCGGCCUCACCAGCCACAACAGCAAGACCACCAGCAUCGAGAACCUCCGUCUGAGGGCCAAACAGCACGCCGCCUCGCUGGGACUGGACACAAUGUCUAACUGAGAAUCAGAUUCGGAGGACGAUAGGCCGGAGCCUCGGCCUACACAUCAUCACAUCCCACUGCGUUUCUGUGUGACUGUGAUAGUUCUUUAGGAGCAGGACAUGCAGAGAUGUCCAAAAAUAAAACAUGCCAACAUGCACUGGACCUACAGAACUCCAUUUAACAGCUUCUCAAAGCAGACCAUACGUCACCAGCUGGUCUGACUUCUUUUCACUUCCAUUGCAGCUCAAGGUCCAAAACCUUGUGAAGAGAGAACCAAUAAGACACUGAACAUUGCUAUGCGACGGAUUAACUGAAUGUCCCGACUCAGAGGACAGUGAACAUAUUCCUGACUCAUGAUGAUGUUCCCAACAGACACAUAAUACUGGACCUUCCAAACAUCUGAAAUAAUCCAUUCAAUAAUCACAGACAGUGACGUACACAGCUGAUGAUGGAUGCACUCGGUUUAAAAAAGACAAUGCAAACAAUGUUUACAAGAAUAAUGUGAAUAAAUGAGGCACUUUUGGACGGAUUAGGCUCGCUGGCCAGGAGGGAAAAGGUAUCGCUCUUGCAGCAAAGCGACCAUUUCUGUCACAGGACCAUUGACAUUUCAAUUAAGCAGCGUGGUUAUAUGUACAUAGCAUGUACUACAUAACAGCACAUAAAUAAAAAUAAACUUCAAGCCAUGUUGUCCUCAACAGCAUAAUUAAAAGUGACUAAUUUACCAGUUUAAUGGCCAGUAAUGUGCCACUUUGUACAGAGGCUGGCUUGAUAAUGAGAAAAUGAUUUCAGUGACUAAAUUCGCAAAGCUUUUAAUUACAUUUUGCCCUGGGCUGAGGGAGCUGGGGCAAAUGCAAUUAUGAACAUGCAUACCAUUUAAGACCGCCUUUAGAAAUUCAAAAAAGGUCUGUGCACUAAUACGGUCAAUUAAGGUAGCAGCAAGAUUGACAUCACUUUAGUUGAUCAAUUUCCUUUGAAUGCAAAAUGAUAUGGUAAACAAAUUUGGAUAAAUGUCCUGACCCAUAUUUUGUCAGCAGUUAUUCUCGCCUUAAUAUUCUCUUGAGGAAACAUGCCGCUUGUCAGCGAAAGUCAGACCGUCUGUUAGCACUUGAUGAGGAGAAUCACACACACAAUGUUUUCCGUUAAUGUGUUCUGGAAGCUAAUGUCUUCAUAUGAAAAAAAAUGCACAUUAUUUUAAUAUGUAAAAUACAAAAAAGUCUAUCUAUUAAUGUUUACUGGUAAGGUAAUUGUAAAGUUCCUAUUAUGUUGUAUAAUUGAUAAUGGACUCUGUCUCAGAUGAAAUUCCUUUUAGCUGUCAGAUUGUAAGAUUGUAUUUGCUGAGCUCACCGGCAGCACCUGUCUACCCCUCCUCUCUCGGUUGUCUGUGUAACGAUCCUGGGUUGAAUUUUAAAUGUGUUCAGUUUCUUUUCUGGAUUUGGCUUAAAAGGAGCGAUCAAACAAACUGCUGGAAAACUGUCAGCGUCAGUAUCCAGACAGAAACGUCAAAGAAAGUGAACAGAUUUGAGUCGACUGACCCGAGUCCUCUGUGUACUGCUGUCUUGACUCUAUCUGAGUUCUGUUGUUGCUAUUAUUCUAAUGCUGCCCCCCUACUGUGUCUGUCAAACUACUUGGUCCAGUGGUAGAUAGAUUUAUAAUGGUGGAGGAGAGAGUGAGUGGACCAUCAGCAGUGUUGUUUCCUUUACUCCUCCCUAACAAUGUAGACUUGAACUAGUGUUGUUGUAA